GACUGCGCUUCUUCGCGAUUGUAUGUACUUAGAUCAGAAGACAGUAACAAGUCUUGUUGAUUUGAGGUCUGCUUCCAACUCCGCUCGAUUCCAAGCAGUGUUCUGUUUACAAAAAUUCACCGUUCAGUUAGCAUCGGACUUCGGGGAGAGGUGCAUCAGUCAUGGUUUAAGCAUUUGUUGAUGUCAUCUUAGCAUAAAGAAAAUCUGCGGUUUAUACUUGGGACAGCUUUUAAUCAAGAAUGGAGGAGAAAAAAGAUAGUCAGAAACACACUCUUGCUGAGCUCCUUCCCCCACCUGAAACAUCUGCACCAACUACCACCACCAUUAGUAAGGCAGAUGUUAUUGCACAAAACCCCUUUGAAGACCAGCUCCCAGUCUCAGCAAGACAGUCACCCAGCAUGUCAAAUAUGACCAACAAUAUGCCCAAUAACAUGCAGGGCAAUAUGCCUAAUAACAUGCCAGGUAAUAUGCCGAAUAACAUGCCCGGUAAUAUGCCUAAUAACAUGCAAGGCAAUAUGCCCAAUAACAUGCAGGGGAAUAUGCCCAAUAACAUGCAGGGAAAUAUGCAUAAUAAUAUGCAGGGUAAUAUGCCUAAUAACAUGCAGGGUAAUAUGCCCAAUAACAUGCAGGGUAAUAUGCCCAAUAACAUGCCCGGUAAUAUGCCAAAUAACAUGCCGGGUAAUAUGCCCAAUAACAUGCAGGGCAACAUGGGUAAUAUGAACAACAUGAACAAGCAAGGACAUGGAACAGGAAUGCCUCCACAAGGGCCAGGUUCGGGCAAGAUGUAUCCACCCAAUCAGCCAAUGGUAUUCAAUCACUCAAAUCCCAAUGCACCACCGAUUUACCCAUGUGGAAUAUGUCACAAGGAGGUUCAUGACAAUGACCAGGCAAUACUCUGUGAGAGUGGAUGUAACUUUUGGUUUCACAGGAUCUGUACUGGGCUCACUGAUCCAGCUUUCUCCAUGUUGAAGGCUGAAGUGUAUGCAGAGUGGGUCUGUGACAAAUGCUUAUCUACAAAGAAUAUACCUCUUGUCAAGUUAAAACCAUAAAUAUCUGAAAACUGUUUUCAUUUCCUUGACACUUUGAGGUGGGCUCAUCUCUACCAUGCAGUGGUUACACCCUCACUAGAUUAGGAUCUGUUCAGCGGUUCAUGAAAAGUUUGAUAUGGUUAUCCAGGUUUCCAAGGAGAAAACCUGAUUACCAGUGUAUAUCACUAUCCUAGACACCAGUUCAUCAGGUACAUGUCAGUAUGGAUGUGUAAAGUUUUCUUCCCUUCUUGCCUCGUUUCAAAUUCAAACACUCAGAACUCUGAAAAACAUUUAUCACCAUACUCAUCAUACUUGCAUGUUAGUGAUGAUGUGUUCUGGGGUGUCAGGGUCUAUUUCAAGUAAAUAAUGAUCCUUGUCAGAGUGUUCUCACAUUUCUUUCUGUUCCAAGCAUAAAUGAGAUGAGUCCACCACAAUACAUAAACGUCAUUUUCAUGUCAUAGAGAGGCAUUUCAAUCAUUCAUUUCACCAUUAUAUGUUAAAAAUAAGCAAUUCACUAAGGUCAGGUUGUGUGAAAAGCUCCAGAUAUGUGAACAUCUAUUUUGACUUGUUUUAGCUAUUUUACAAGAUUUAUUGA